AUGGACCUUCUGGGGACAGCAGGUCCCUACAGAAGGGGGGCGAAGCGUCACAGCGCAGGGGGCCGCGGUAAGAACUGGCUUGACGCCUGCUCCUCCGCAGGUCCCCCCGCGCCCCCGGGACCUUUGACUCACCUGAGCCUGCCGGGCAGCUCGGAGGCGCGGUCGCAGAGCCGAGAGGACGGGCGGGGCCUCGCGGGCACUUGGACCAGGUCAUCCCCAGAGCGCGCCACGGUCCUGCGGGAAGGCGUGCGCCGGUGUCUGCAGCAACCCUGUGAGCAGACGGUGCGGAUCCUACACGCCAAAGUGGCCCAGAAAUCUUACGGAAACGAGAAGAGGUUCUUCUGCCCCCCGCCCUGUGUCUACCUCGCCGGGCCCGGCUGGAGGGUGAAGCCCGUGCCAGGCCAAGCUCUGCAGGCCGGGGAGGUCGGGCCCACAGUCUGCGGCUACAUGGGGCUGGACGGCGCAUCGGGCAGCGCCGCCGAGACGCAAAGGUUGAAUUUCGAGGAGCAGCCGGAUUCCAGGGAAUUCGGCUGCGCGAAGACCCUGUUCAUCUCCGACGUGGACAAGAGGAAGCACUUCCGUCUGGUUCUGCGGCUGGUGCUCCGCGGCGGCCGGGAACUGGGCACGUUCCACAGCCGCCACAUCAAGGUCAUCUCGAAGCCCUCGCAGAAGAAGCAGUCGCUGAAGAACACCGAUCUGUGCAUCUCCUCGGGCUCCAAGGUCUCCCUCUUCAACCGCCUGCGCUCCCAGACGGUGUCCACUCGCUACCUGUCAGUGGAGGAUGGGGCCUUUGUGGCCAGUGCCCGCCAGUGGGCUGCUUUCACACUGCACCUGGCUGAGGAGAGCGGUUCCCCAGGGGACUUCCCACCUCGAGAGGGCUACGUCCGCUAUGGCUCCCUGGUGCGGCUUGUCUGCACUGUCACUGGCACCACACUGCCUACCACCCUUCUGCUGCAGAUCAUCCGAAAAGUAGCCAAGCAAUGUGCACUCCUGGACGUGGGCGAGCCCAUCUCCCAGCUGCAUAAGUGUGCGUUCCAGUUCCCAGGGGGCCCACCAGGAGGCCCGGGAACCUACCUCUGCCUGGCCGCAGAGAAGGUGGUGCAGUUCCAGGCCUCCCCCUGCCCCAAAGAGGCGAACCGGGCGCUACUCAGCGACAGUUCUUGCUGGACCAUCAUCGGCACGGAGUCCGUGGAAUUCUCCUUCAGCACCAGCCUGGCCUGCACUCGGGAGCCCGUCACCCCCGUGCCUCUCAUCAGCACCCUCGAGCUGAGCGGCGGGGGGGACGUGGCCACGCUGGAGCUCCACGGGGAGAACUUCCACGCGGGCCUCAAGGUGUGGUUCGGGGACGUGGAGGCCGAAACCAUGUACAGGAGCCCUCGGUCCCUGGUGUGCGUGGUGCCCGACGUGGCCGCCUUUGGCAGCGACUGGCGCUGGCUGCGCACGCCCAUCACCGUGCCCGUGAGCCUGGUGCGCGCCGACCGGCUCUUCUACGCCAGCGCCUUCUCCUUCACCUACACCCCGGAGUACAGUGUGCGGCCCGGGCCUGCGGGCGCCCCGGCACCGGCCGCCGACGCCGACGCCGACGCGCUCCUGGCGAGCAUCCACCAGGAGUUCACGCGCACCAACUUCCACCUCUUCAUCCAGACGUAG